ACGAUGGUCAAAACGGAGCACUGGAGAGCGCGGAGGCUCCGUUCCCUUCGUUAAAUGCUUAAAUAAAGUAAACACUCCGCGAACCCUAGAUUUCGACCCCUCCCCAUUCACAUAUCCCCCGAUCCCUCGAUCGCUCAAUCCCAUCCCCAAUCCCUCUCUCUCUCUCCUAUCUCUCUCUUCGCGGAUCCCUUCCUCUCCACCGUCGCCAUGGGACUCUGGGAAGCUUUCCUCAACUGGCUCCGAAGCCUCUUUUUCAAGCAAGAGAUGGAACUCUCAUUAAUUGGGCUUCAAAAUGCUGGGAAAACUUCCCUUGUGAAUGUCAUUGCGACUGGUGGGUAUAGUGAGGACAUGAUUCCUACUGUUGGAUUCAAUAUGAGGAAGGUGACGAAGGGGAAUGUUACAAUAAAGUUGUGGGAUCUUGGAGGACAGCCUAGAUUUCGCAGUAUGUGGGAGAGAUAUUGCCGCGCAGUCUCUGCAAUCGUGUAUGUUGUUGAUGCAGCUGAUCAUGAAAACUUGCACAUCUCGAAAAGUGAACUUCAUGACCUUCUAAGCAAACCAUCAUUGAGCGGGAUUCCAUUGCUAGUCCUGGGGAAUAAGAUUGACAAGCCUGAAGCUCUCUCGAAGCAGGCUUUGACAGAUGAAAUGGGUUUAAAGUCUAUCACCAAUAGGGAAGUAUGCUGCUUCAUGAUAUCAUGCAAGAACUCGACCAACAUUGAUUCCGUCAUAGAUUGGCUUGUGAAGCACUCGAAGACGAAGAAAUGAGGAUUUAGGCCUUCUGCUGCUGCUGCUGCUGCUGCUGCUGCUGCUGCUGCUUUGUUUUCUCGAGUUGUCGUUAUUCUAUGUGGAUAUUGAGGUUGUAUUUUGUGGUUGUUAGUGGUUGAGUAUUGCUCUUUUAUUUAUUAGAUGGGGAUUCUGAUUUUUAUGUUACCUCCUAACAGGAGAGAGGGGUGAUCUGUUCUGUGGGUAAUCUAUGCUUAAAGGUGGGCUUUGUCAUGUUGAAAAACUCUGCUUACUUAUGGCCUUGUGCUUGAUUUACCUGUACUGAUUGGUGUGAAAAGUUUUUUUUUUUUUGUGGA